GGCUUCGCGAUCAGAAACGGAAGCAAUGGCAGCGACGCUGCUUCACAGCUGCCCACGCCAAAGAUGGAUGCAAGAUUCGAGGAUCCUGUGGGCAGGAGGGAUCCAAGGGUGGCUCAAGUGGCCCUGGAUCCAGCUUCCACACCAAUCAUAGACCUCAACGCAGCCACCUUCCAGGCUGGAGGCAGCCCCAAUCGCAUCUCCCUGGCUGACCUGCUCCAUAAUGAUGGCGGCCCGCCGCGCUUCAUUAGCCCAUUUAUCCCAGGAAGGUCAACGCGCGUGGACCAGUCAACACUUCCUCUGAUGGUGUACCUUCCCGGCAUUGACGGCACAGGCUUGGCAGCUUCGCGGCAGUUUCCCUUCCUGGUCGAUGCAUUCGACCUGCAUGCGCUGUCCAUCCCGGGCGCUGACAGGACUCCCUUCGAGGGCCUUAUCAGCCUGAUAGAGGAGUACAUGGAUUUGGUAGUAUCACAGAGUCCCCCGGAGCGGCCAGUGUAUCUGCUCGGGGAGUCGUUCGGGGGCGUGCUUGCGCUGGCGGUUGCAGAGGCGCGGCCGGAUCUGGUGGACAGAGUUGUAUUAGUCAACCCUGCCACCUCAUUCUCUCGCUCCCUCUGGCCCGCGCUAGGGCCCUUCCUGCCAAGGGUCCCUAAGGAGUUGUAUGGGUCGGUGCCGGUGGCCCUGGCGCCCAUUCUGGGCAACCCCAUCCUGUUGGCAGCCUUUGGUGUGGACACCUCGGCGCCACUACAAGACCAGGCGGUGGCGUUUGGGCAGGGAGUUGUGUCGCUGAUACCGCAGCUGCAGGCACUCACAGAGAUCCUGCCGCCGCCAACCUUACAAUGGAAGCUGAAGCUUCUGGAGGAGGGCAACAGGCAGCUGGCUCCGAAGCUGAAGGAUGUCAAUCAGCGUGUGCUGUUACUGGUGGGCAGCGGUGAUCUGCUGCUGCCGUCCGGCGAGGAGGGGCCGCGCCUCGAGAAGCUGCUACCCCGCUGCCGCCUCAAGGUGAUGCAGGGGCGCAGUCACGCGCUGCUGCAGGAGGCCGGCAUAAAUCUGGUGAGCAUCCUCAAGGAGGAGGGCUUUUAUGUGGAACAGCGGAAUAUGUCGGCUCCGACAUGCUUCAUGUAUCCCAAAUCAAGUGAAGAGUCCUACACGACAACCAUCCGCCGGCUGACGAGCCCGGUCUUCUUCUCCACAACAUCAGACGGCAUCGUGCAGCGCGGCCUCGGGAAUCUCCCCGACGCGCGGCCGGUCCUUUUUGUCGGCAACCACCAGACUUUUGCGCUGGACCUGGGGCUCAUGGUGGAGCAGAUUGUCCGUGAGCGGGGGAUCCUUCCCCGGGGACUGGCUCACCCCGCCAUAUUUGCGGAGGAUGCCAAGGAGGACAGCGGGUCGUUCAGGAACUUCAUGACCACAUUUGGUGCAGUCCCCGUGGGCGGCCGCAACUUCUUCAAGCUCUUGCAAAACAAGGAGGCCGUGCUGCUCUUCCCCGGGGGCGUCCGCGAGGCAUACAAGGGCAAGGGGGAGGAGUAUAAGCUGUUCUGGCCGGAGCGGCCGGAGUUUGUGCGCAUGGCGGCCCGUUACGGCGCCACCAUCGUUCCGUUUGCGGGCGUCGGCGCGGAGGACGCUGUAACCAUGUUGUUGGAGCCUGCCGAGAUCAGAAACCUGCCUUUCAUCGGAGGCAUGAUCGAGCAGCGCGCGCGCAACAGCAUCCCCCAGGCACGAAGGGGAGUGAGCGAGGACAAGGAGCUGGAGGAUCUGUUCAUAGCGCCGUUUGCAGUUCCCAAGGCGCCCCAGCGGUUCUAUUAUCUCUUCGGGAAGCCCAUCGAGACGAGCCGAGCUGACCUGGACGACCCGGCGCGCGUCGGCCACCUGUAUCGCCAGGUCAAGGGAGAGGUGGAGAGUGGCAUCAGUUUCCUGUUGCGCAAUCGGCAGCGCGACCCUUACAAUCACUUCCUACCCCGGGCCCUCUAUGAGGCAGCCUCCGGCGGCAAGCAGGCUCCAACGUUUCCCCUCCCUUGA